CGACUAGCGCUGCUAUACCCUACUGGAGCUUAUCGCUUGGAACAGUCCAAAUUGGAGCCGGUACCGCAGGGAGUGGAAGAAAAGCGGGGCAGGGGGGUGUCAGUCUCUGCCGGGGAACUUUCUGGGAAAGGAGCAAAGGGUCAGACUGAAGGAGCCAUGAUGGAGCUCAGGGUGCUGCUGCUGCUGCUAUUGACCCUGCUGGGAGCGAUGGGAUCUCUCUGUCUGGCCAACUCUGAUACCCAAGCAAAGGGUGCUCAUUCUAACAAUAUGACCAUAAAAACCUUCAGAAUAUUUGACGACAGUGAAAGUGAGUUUGAAGAGAUUCCAUGGGAUGAACUCGAUGAAUCAGGAGAAGGUUCAGGAGACCAGGCCCCGGUGUCCCGUAGUGCAAGGAAGCCAAUCCGGAGGAACAUCACAAAGGAGGCGGAGCAAUAUCUCUCCAGUCAGUGGCUGACCAAGUUUGUACCAUCCCUGUACACUGUGGUGUUUAUUGUGGGCCUGCCUCUGAAUCUGUUGGCAAUCAUCAUUUUCCUGUUCAAGAUGAAAGUCAGAAAACCGGCAGUGGUCUAUAUGUUGAACCUGGCCAUCGCCGACGUGUUCUUUGUUAGUGUGUUGCCCUUCAAAAUAGCCUACCAUCUGUCCGGAAACGACUGGCUGUUUGGGCCUGGAAUGUGCCGCAUUGGCACUGCCAUCUUCUACUGCAACAUGUACUGCUCUGUUCUGCUCAUCGCCAGCAUCAGUGUGGACAGGUUCUUGGCAGUGGUUUAUCCCAUGCACUCCCUUUCUUGGCGCACAAUGAGCCGUGCCUAUAUGGCCUGUAGUUUCAUUUGGCUGAUAUCCAUAGCGAGCACUAUACCACUUCUUGUGACUGAGCAAACUCAGAAGAUUCCUAGGCUGGAUAUUACUACUUGCCAUGAUGUUUUAGAUUUGAAAGACCUCAAAGACUUUUAUAUCUACUAUUUCUCUUCUUUCUGCUUGCUGUUCUUCUUCGUGCCAUUCAUUAUCACCGCUAUCUGCUACAUAGGGAUCAUCAGAAGCUUAAGUUCCUCCAGCAUCGAGAACAGCUGCAAGAAGACAAGAGCCCUGUUCUUGGCUGUGGUUGUGCUCUGUGUUUUUAUCAUCUGUUUUGGGCCAACCAAUGUCCUCUUUCUGACCCAUUACUUGCAAGAAGCCAAUGAAUUUCUAUAUUUUGCCUACAUUCUGAGUGCCUGUGUUGGCAGCGUCAGCUGUUGCCUCGAUCCCCUUAUUUACUACUAUGCGUCAUCCCAGUGCCAGAGGUACUUGUUUAGUUUGCUUUGCUGUAGGAAGGUUUCUGAGCCUGGAAGCAGCACUGGGCAGUUAAUGAGCACUGCCAUGAAAAACGACAAUUGCUCCACAAAUGCAAAAAGCAGCAUUUACAAAAAGUUGUUGGCGUAAAACAAGAUGGAAAAAAAGGGAAAAAUUCUUGUGCAACAUUAUUCUCCAUAUGAUUGUACUGAUUGUCUGUGUAAGAUCUUGGGUUGCACAGAUGCAGAAAUGUAAAACUGAAUUGUAUUUUUAUUUUAAUACUAAUUUAAUUUACAUAAAGUAACAAGGGUUAUAUAUGUUGGCAUAGUCCCAUAUUACCCACGAGUAGGGUUGCCACCUUUACUGUAAAA